AUGGCACCACAAGAGAACCAUAUUCACGUCGGGACGAAGCGAGGAGACACCACCAUAAACGUCCAAAAGCUGCUAGACAAGCCAUGGUACAAGUACAAACACCUAAGAAGAUUAUAUGGAUGGCUCUGUGUGGUUCUCAUUGUGCAGGCCACGAACGGACUUGACGGCUCGAUCAUGAAUGGAAUGCAGACCUUGACAUAUUGGCAAUCCUACUUUCAUCAUCCGACAGGUGCUCAGCUCGGCAUCUUCAAUGGCACUCAGGGACUCGGCGGCGUCAUAUCACAGUUCUUCUUGUGGUGGCUUGUCGAGAAGGUCGGCCGCAGGCUGAUUAUUAUAUCCGGGGCGGUCAUCAUCAUUAUCGGCGUGUUCCUGCAGUCCUUCGCUCAGGGGAUAGCUAUGUUUGCAGUUUCCCGUUGUAUUAUCGGCCUGGGACUGAGCUUCGAGUAUACGGCUGCCCCAAUGCUUGUCUCUGAGCUGGCACACCCUACCCAUCGAGCCCAGCUAUCGACACUGCUCAACACUUUGUACUACUUCGGCGCCACCCUGGCAGCUUGGAUCACGCUCGGAACGCUCUCAAUCAAAAGCGACUGGAGCUGGCGCAGCGUGUCCCUGAUCCAGAUGUUCCCAUCCCUGAUCUCGGUUUCGCUUACAUGGUUCGUCCCAGAAUCUCCGAGGUGGCUGUGCUCCAAAGGCCGAAAUGAAGAAGCAUUCAAGACCCUCGUCGACUGGCACUGCGGCGGCAACGAAGCCGAUCCCCUUGCGACCUUCGAGUACAACGAGAUCGUCCAUACCCUCGCGUACGAGAAGGAGCACGGUAGCAGAAGUUGGCUUGACCUUGUCCGUACCCCUGGUAAUCGCCAUCGCACGUGGAUUGUGGUUACUUGCUCCAUCCUCAGCCAAGCUACUGGUCAGACUAUCAUCGGGUACUACCUGGUGUUGAUUUUGAGUGGCAUAGGCAUCACCAAUCCACGACAUCAAUCAAUCAUCAAUGGAUGUCUUACGAUGUGGAACAUGGGAUGGGCCUUCUGGGGUGCCUACGUGAUCGACAAGUUUGGUCGCCGGCCGAUGCUCUUGACAUCCCUCAGCGGCAUGCUCUUUUGCGGUUUCUUGCCAUGGACAAUCUGCAGUGCGUUGUACGUUUCCGAGGGAGUCAAGAAUGCCGGCCCCGCUGUGAUUGCGUUCAUCUUCAUCUUCAACGCAUUUUACGCCACAACAUGGAACGGAAUCUUGACGGGAUAUACUGUCGAAGUCAUGAGCUACGACAUCCGACCGAAACUCAUCUGCACGCAGAACUUGCUCAACCCCGUCGCCCUCAAGAAUAUCGGCUGGAAAUACUACCUGAUCAUCAACAUUAUCAUCAUCAUCGCCAUCGUGGUCGUAUACUUCACAUAUCCGGAAACCAGCAAAAUCACACUCGAAGAAGUGUCGGUCAUAUUCGACGGCGAGCAUGCUGUCAAGAACGAUAUCCUGCAGAAGAUGGAGACCAAUCCUGGCGAGGAGGAUGCCGCGGGCGCGGAUGACAAAAAGGGAACAGUGGAGAUCAUUGAGAGAGAGCACGUUGAAGAAGUCAAGUAG